AUGCCACGCUCAGCCGCUGCGGCUCGAAGAGGKCACAACAACAGCAACAAUAAUACCAGCAGUGUCAAUGGCAACGGUCGGAAUGAAAAUGGGCACCCCGUCAAUGGAAAGCGUUUAAACAAGCAAAAGUCAUCGAGCCAUCUGAACGGCAAUGCUAGCGGCAGCAGCACUGCGCACUCCGCCCACCAUCUCGAGCUUCGUUCGUCUAGCGAUUCGUCGGUCGUGACAACCUCAAGGGCAGACGCUGCAGCGACCGAUGGACUCAAGGCAGACGGUGCCGACAACGUUUAUACCAACGGUACUGACCACAAAACGAAUGGCGAUAUGGCGUACGGACACUCCAACGGUACUGCCUCGGCGGAUUGCGGAUCGGCUUCUUCUAAACCGGCAUCAGCAUCCAAACGCAACAAUUCAUCGAGUGUAAAUCCUUUUCUCUUGGCGUCGACAAUCCUCCGGUCAUGCCCUCUGUACGAUACUAUCGCCAUCCUGAUUUUCCUUCUACAGCUUCCUCCGAUUGUCCUCACUUUGGUUCAGUUUCUGUUUGCCUCCUUGACAUUUAUGCCCCCGGGCGGUGGACAUGGCUCGUUUACCUCGAAUUUCGAUWUUUUCCARGGMCCCGCCGGUACGCCUUCGUUUGGAACCAUGAUUGCCAUGGAUGGAUUUUGUCUUUUACUUUGGGGUCUGUUUAUGUGGACUUGGGCACAGAACUUUGCCUUGGAUUUGGCUCAUGUACAGGUUGCCAUUACCCUCGGAGGCGGCGGUUCAGGUAAAAAUGGCGGUGUCAAUGCGUUCUGUGUCGGUAUAGUAUUACUUUUGCAUAUCGUCAGAAGUAAAGGCAUACAGGACUUUGUCAUCGGCCAUUUAUCCUCCGCCCAACUUAUAAACCCGGAUAUUUUAUCGCGCUGGUCACAUUUGAUUCCCCAAGAAUUUCGAAGAACGGAGCCACAAACAUCUCCAAGUUGGCUGAGAAGUCUUCUUGCUAUUCAUAUUUUAGCACAGGCAGGUACUGCCAUGGCCAGACGGUCGAUGGCUCGAAAUCGAACGCCUCAGCCGUCUCGUUCCGGAAAACGUAUCGACGCCGAGGCCUCCGCUGGUUCUCAGGCUCAGAUUGAUUCUGCAUUUGAGUCUACGGCAAGCAUGACGUCUUACGGCGUUGAUGGCUCGAUAUCCGGUCCGUCUGCGUUAAAAGAAAGCAGAGAACGACUUCAAAGCGCCAAAAAACGAAGAAGACAGGCAAAUCAGGUUCGAAGUAGACAGCCGUUUUGGGCUGCACUUGCAAGCACCAAAGUUACCGUUAUGAGAGAAUAUGAGCAUUCCAGAGCUGUUUCGAAAACUACCCGCGGCCUUCCGAUGACCGAGGAUGACCUACAGGGUAUCACACUUGACGACGGUUUGGUUUGGAUUACAAGCGUGGACAGUUCGACUAUCAAAUUUGCUGCUGGCGACUUGGCCACAGCGGAAGACAAUUCGAGUUCGACUAGAUGCGACGAUGCACAGCUGGAAAGUAACGAAGUGGAACCAUUCUACGUCUGUGUCAACGGAGCGUUAUGGGCUACGACCAAUAUGUGCAAAGUCACCGAUGGACCCAAGGGCACCAGCGCUGUUCAGUGGAGGGGUGAGAUUUCUGGACUGGCUCCAAAUUGUGCUUACACAUGCUCCUUUGUUCGCAACGACACAGAGGAAGAAAUCUGUUCUCUGAGCGUCAAGACACCCGCAGCACCGGACACAGAUCAGAGUACAAUUUCCAUGAUGCCAACUCCGCCUCGCCCUUUCCAUCGGCCUUCCUCACCGACCACAACGCUGAGGAAUUCGAUUGCUAACGCGGAAGCAAAGCUGAACGAAAAGCGCUCUCGUUUGAAAAAGGCCAAAGGUGACCACAAGAUUGCCAUAUCUCGCAUCAAAAAGGAAGUAGACAAUUACACCCAUCGACUAAGCAGUGGAAGUGACGAAAACAAACAAAAACAACGAUCAUUACAACUAGAACGAAAUAUUCGCCAGACCGAGGAAGCCACGGCCGCUCUUGAAUCGCAACUCGGCAGCUUGGACAAGAUACCCGAGGAGGAGCUUGAAGAGUGGCAGAAGCAAAAGGCCGAGUUCGAUCAGGAAAUGGAACGACUAAAAUCCGCCAAAGAGGAACUAUUGAACGCCCGUACAUCCGUCUCCCGCGACCUCGCUAAUCUUGAGUCAGAUCUCGCCUCUUCUGUUCAAAAGCGUGACCGACUGCAAAGUCGUAAGACCCGGCUUAAUGAACAGUAUGAGAGAAUCAUCUCUGCCAAUGCUCAAGGUCUGAACGAACGAGAACGACGAGCUGCGGAGCAGUUUGCUCGGGAGCAAGAACAAGCCAAGAUCGAAGCCAAUUUUAAUGAGCAGCUAGCAAGCAUCACCCGGGCCGUUCAAGACUAUCAACUGCGCACAAAUCAGUUGUGGCAACAAGCGUCCGGCAUCGAGCAAGCCAUACAGCAACAACAGCAACAGAUGCUUUUUGAGACUGGGCCUCUGACUCCUGAGGGGAUACUCCCUGGAACUCGUCAUUUGCCAGAGGAAGGAGAAGAGGACGAAGAGGACGAGCUCGACAAUGGCCCUGCUUAUAACAACUUGACCAUCACGCCUGCCAACAGUCGGUCAAUCUUGGGCGCGAGCUUCUCUGCGCUUAGAUCUAGCCCGCAGACGUCUUCCUCGUUUCUUGCUGGCUCGACCUCUCAAACUGCCAGUCCGUUGCAAGCUACCCUUCAACAGCCGACCGGAUACCAAGCCUCCCCCCGUGUGAACGUGAACAACUAUUUUGGAGGACGCGAUUUUGCUUAUCGAGAUCGGUCGUCUUCCAACCGCUCAGCACGUAGCAGCUUGUACGCUGAUCUUGAUAUCGACAUCAACCGCUACCUACUUGAUCCGGUUGAUCGCCUCAGUUCUGGAUCCGAUGGUAAAGGCCAAACCAGCCCGACUUAUGGUCCUGUCGGCAGUCCGUUCACCCGAGCCGGAAGUCGUGGUAGUGGAGGCAGCAGUGGUAACAGCGGAAGUGGCAGUGGGAGCGGUUCUCCUCGGUCUACGCGGGCAGAAGGAUUGUAA